GUGCAAUAUAAAGUGUUUGUCAAAGGUCAAGUACGUAUUCGAUUCGGUUUCAGUGUUGUUUGAAAGCAUCGCAAUAUUUUAAUAAUAAUCAGUUGCGCAUUUUAUUUUUAAUAAUUUUUCCACAAAUAUUUCCAAAUAAUUCUGUAAAAUGAGUACUAUUGAUUCAAUAACAUUGAUUGCUGAGUCACUAAAACGACAGGGCAUCGAAUAUGUUUUCGGCAUUAUUGGCAUUCCGAUCGUGGAACUAUCGAUGGCUAUGCAAGCAGCCGGUUUAAAAUACAUUGGCAUGAGAAAUGAACAGUCUGCAUGUUAUGCGGCACAGGCAAUUGGCUAUUUAACAAAGAAGCCCGGUGUAUGUCUUGUUGUACCAGGACCUGGUUUGUUGCAUUGUACUGGCGGUAUGGCCAACGCGCAAGUCAAUUGUUGGCCUUUGAUUGUGAUUGCCGGUUCGACAUUCCAAGAUCAUGAAGGAAUUGGCGGUUUUCAAGAAUAUCCUCAAGUCGAUGCAGUGCGAAUUUACUGCAAAUAUGCAGUUCGACCACCAACUGUUGCAUCAAUACCAAGUCAUAUUGAGAAGGCAGUUCGUUCGGCAACAUAUGGAAGACCGGGCGUGUCAUACCUUGAUUUUCCGGGCAAUGUUCUUAAAGCUUCGAUUCAAACUGAUGCCAUUAUCGAAAAUUAUACACAUCCAAAUCCACCUUUAUGUUUUCCAAACGGUGAAGAUGUGAGGAAAGCAUCAAAAUUACUAAAAUUGGCAAAACGGCCAUUGGUAAUUAUUGGAAAAGGUUCUGCAUAUGCACGAGCCGAACAUUCAAUUCGCCAACUAAUUCAACGCACAAAUUUCCCAAUAUUACCAACGCCGAUGGGAAAAGGCGUCGUACCAGAUGAUUGCGAUCAGAGUGUUAAAAAUGCACGAACGCUGGCCUUACAAAAAGCCGAUGUCAUUCUUUUACUUGGUGCACGUUUGAAUUGGAUUUUACAUUUUGGUCGACCACCACGAUAUGCUGCCGACGUUAAAGUUAUUCAAGUUGACAUUUGCCCAGAAGAAUUACACAAUAGUAUAAGAGGUGCGGUGGGCAUACAAUCGGAUAUUCUACCAUUUACGGAUCAAUUGCUUAAAGAAAUGGGAAAUUAUCGUAUGGACAUGAAGUCAGAUUGGUGGAAAGUCUUAAAGCAGAAAUGCGAUAUAAAUAGUAGAACAGUAAAUGAGAUGGCGAUAAGUACCAGUGUGCCAUUGAACUAUUAUUCCGUAUUUCAUCAUGUGCAAGAAAUUAUACCAAAAGAUGCGAUUAUAGUGAGUGAAGGUGCCAACACAAUGGAUAUCGGUCGAUCGAUGCUAAAUAAUGUGUUACCACGACAUCGUUUGGAUGCCGGAACCUUUGGAACCAUGGGCGUUGGUCCAGGAUUCGCUAUAGCCGCAGCACUUUAUUGUCGUGAUAAUUUCCCACAAAAGCGGGUGAUAUGUGUUGAAGGCGACAGUGCCUUUGGUUUUUCUGGCUUAGAAGUGGAGACAAUGUAUCGAUAUAAGCUACCCGUUGUCAUUAUUAUUGUGAAUAAUAGCGGCAUUUACAGUGGUCUUGAUGCCGAUACUUACAAAGAUAUUCGUAGUGAUGGAGAUUUGACACAAAACACGCCACCAAGUGCAUUAACAGUUGAAACUCGUUACGACGCAAUACUUGGUAUGUUUGGUGAUUCGGGAUAUUUUGUUAGAACCAUUACCGAGCUUCGUCAGUCAUUAAAUGAUGCUCUCAAAAUAAAAGAUCGUCCCACAAUUCUAAAUGUAAUUAUUGGACCCAUGUCUGAACGUAAGCAGCAGUCUUUUAAUUGGCUCACGGAAUCAAAAUUAUAAAUAUUUUUUUAUAUAUAUGAAUUUAAAAAUGUAUAACAUAUAGCAUAUUAUAAUAGAAAAAAACAUAUACAGAAGCAUAUCGAACACGAAAUAAAGUACAUGGUUUUUGGAAAUACUUAAA